GUCAUAUUAAAUGGACGGAACACCGACACAACGCUAGCUGGACAAAUACAACGCAAUGUUGGUCUUCACAUCGACGGGAUAAUAUACGGGAGUGCAAGCAAAAUCAAAUGUAUUCAUUGCGACAAUUUUGUUUAUCAGACUAGCCAAAACAAGAUUAGGUAGAGCUAGCUAACAGGGCAAGUAGUAGCGCUGUUGUACGGCUUGCUACUACCUACCUGUACCAGUUAGCUGGACUCAAUAAAAUGGCUAUGAUCUCAGUUAAUUACAUUCUUCUUAGCGGGCAAGUUCUUUUGCUGCUGACAGUGUUGCUCUUGCAGUGUUUGGAAGGAAUUCACUCCCAGAAUUCAUCAGAAAUUCCCGGACAGAGAGUAACCACAGCCGCGUUCAAUGAACAGCCGCAGGACAAUGUGACAUAUCAGUAUCAUGUCACACCCGUUAGCGUUGGUUCAGUGAAUUAUUCAGAUCAGUAUGAAUACAGGCCUCCGUCUCCAGUUGUCCUCUGCAAAUACCUACCAGAGGAGUUCAUAUCGUGUGAAGAUCCCGUGGACCAUGCAGGAAACAGCACAGCUCUCCAGGAGUUGGGUCACGGCUGUAUUGGGUUUGGAGGCCAGGUGCACAAAGACGUGAACCACACAGAGGUCAUGUGCACGGCACUGGAGGACAUUGAGUGUGCUGGACCGAGAGAGUUUCUAAGAGGAAAUGUUCCUUGUAUCAAGUACACAGGCCACUAUUUUAUCACCACUCUGCUGUACUCCUUCUUCUUGGGCUGCUUUGGAGUGGACCGCUUCUGCCUGGGCCACACUGGCACUGCCGUGGGCAAGCUGCUGACCCUGGGAGGCCUGGGCAUCUGGUGGUUCGUCGACCUAAUUCUCCUCAUCACAGGGGGGCUAAUGCCCAGUGACAACAGCAACUGGUGCACUUUCUACUGAGGUCAGCCUAGCUGUCUCUACGAAGCCCCCUCCUCCCCCUAUGUGUGUAAAUUGAAAUUCUGUCUGUCGAGUUAUCUCAUUUACGCCUCCACACUGCGGUGGUUAAUAAGGCGAACAUUCUGUACCUUUUUUAAGGGUGCGUUGCUGUACCCUCCCAUUUACAGAAUGUGCUAGAUAUAUAAAAAGGUUUACAAUACAAAUUUGAACUGAAGACAAGUAUGUGCAUGUGGUCCUGGUUGAGGUAGUAACUCAUAGGCUAAUCUUGGUAAUUGGAAUACUAUUCUGUUUAAAAUACUGUCAUUAUGGUUCAGAUGUGUACAUAAGCCAAAUUGUAAAUUAUAUCUGUAUAUACCUGUUAAAGUUGUACAUAUGUUAAUGUAUUUGCCGCUUGUCUCACCUUUGCUUUUAAUUACAAAUUCUUCACAUUUUAAUAUUGCAUUAACCAAAAAUUAUUUAUACAGUCAGGUCACGCUGCCCUUUCACAAAUUCAGAUGUAUUUAUGUGAUUGUGAUGUUAAACAUGCAUACAGUGAGGUUAAAAUACUGCUUACAGCUUUCUGAAUUCUUGUACACAUUAAAUACCCCAUUCAUAUUAAAUGUUUUUUCGUUUCAA